AUGCCUAAGGAAAAGGUAUCCUUCAACCUCAAAACCCCCAAGGGUACCAAGGACUGGGCCGGCUCCGACGCCCUCCUCCGUGACCGUAUCUUCACCACCAUCGCCGAUGUCUUCAAGCGCCAUGGCGGUACUGCCCUCGAUACCCCCGUUUUUGAGCUGCGCGAGAUCCUGGCCGGAAAGUAUGGUGAGGACUCCAAGCUCAUCUACGACCUGAAGGACCAGGGUGGUGAAAUUUGCUCCCUGCGUUACGACCUGACCGUGCCCUUUGCGCGCUGGCUCGCCAUGAACACCGAUGUGCGCAGCAUCAAGCGUUACCACAUUGCUAAGGUCUACCGUCGUGACCAGCCUGCUGUCAGCAAGGGCCGUAUGCGCGAGUUCUACCAGUGCGAUUUCGAUAUCGCUGGUGCGUUUGACCCUAUGGUGCCCGAUGCCGAGGUUCUGCGCAUUGUGAGCGAAGUUUUCGAGGAACUGGGCUGGAACGGCCGUUACACUAUCAAGAUCAACCACCGUAAGAUUCUGGAUGGUGUCUUUGCUGUUUGUGGUGUGCCCGAGGACAAGAUUCGUCCCAUCUCGAGUGCCGUUGAUAAGCUGGAUAAGAUGCCAUGGGCCGAUGUGCGGAAGGAGAUGGUCGAUGAGAAAGGUCUGGAUGGUGCCGUUGCAGACCGCAUCGAACAAUAUGUGAUGCACAAGGGAGGACGUGAGCUGCUGAACAAGCUGCUGGCGGAUGAGACUCUCACUGCCAACGCCUCUGCCAAGGCUGGUCUUGAUGAUAUGGCUCUGAUGAUGGACUACCUUGAGGCUUUCAAUGCUCUGGACAAGAUCUCAUUCGAUAUGUCCUUGGCUCGUGGCCUGGACUACUACACCGGUGUCAUCUACGAGGUUGUCACUGAAGGCUCUGCCCCUGCUAUUCAGUCUGACGCCCCCGAGGCGAAGAAGCUCCAGAAGAAGGACAAGUCCAAGACCUCCGAAGAUGACGACCGAUCCAACGACCCUACUCUUGGUGUUGGUAGUGUUGCUGCUGGAGGUCGUUACGACAAUCUGGUCGGCAUGUUCCUGCCCAAGGCCCAGAUUCCCUGUGUUGGUGUCUCCUUCGGUGUGGACCGUAUCUUCUCUAUUACCAAGGCUCGUCUCGAGCGUGAGCAGAACACCCAGAGUCUCCGCCGCAGUGAGGUUGAUGCCUACGUUAUGGCUUUCGGUGGCAAGGGUUUCACUGGCAUGCUGAAGGAGCGUAUGGAGAUCUGCCAAAAGCUGUGGAGUGCCAACAUCAAGGCUGAGUUCUCCUACAAGCUGAAGCCUAAGCUUCCACAACAAUUCAAGGCUGCUGAGCAGGGUGCCAUUCCCUUCGCCGUUAUUCUCGGUGAAGAGGAGCUGGCCAAUGGCAAGGUCCGCAUUAAGGAGAUGGGUCUUCCCGCUGAUCACCCCGAGAAGGAGGGUGUCGAAGUUGAGGUUGCUUCCUUGGUGGCUGAGCUUCGAUCCCGCCUCGCUCAGAAGCAGACUGGUACUGUCAGCAGCUUGGCUGAACAGCUCCAGACUACUCAGAUCUGA